AGUCUCCGUAGAAGUGUACUCGUUUAGCCCAAUAAGUAAUCACACAGUCGAAUAAUAGUUGGCCCAGCCCACCUAGGUCAGAUUAAUCAUUAAUGCUCGAAUGCUUAAAACGUCACCGUAUCGCAUUGUCCGUGGCUCAAAAUCAAUCACAUUUCACUCACAGCUUAUGUAUGGCAUUCGGAUUGCCCUCACAUAUCCAGCACCACCAUUACCUACAAACUCUGAAACCUGAAAAUAUCCACCAUAUUCAAUCACAAAGAUCAAUUAUUCAAUUACCCUUCUCUUUGCAAAGGUAUGAUUUCAUCAUCCAUUGUUAUUCUAAGAUGAAACGUAUAUGUCGGAAUACUCAAUCUUGAACUGCUUUUGCUUCCAUCUUUAAAUUAUCCGGUGCACAAUAUGCAAGCUCCGACCAUUUCAAGUGAAUCUCUGCACUCUUGUGUAAUACCCCACUUGGAUUUAGGAUUACAUUCUUUUAAAUGGGUAAAGAGAAAGAAAAGAUUUAAUCUUUUUCAUAAUUCCUGCCAUGGUCUCUUGUUGAGAUGUAGGUUUUCAUCAUGCCCUAGUGGCACCAUUAAUCUCGUUCCUAAGACAAAGAAACCUUCCCUAGGUGCUGCUUUUGCUCUUACAUGGGCAUUAGAUGAACCCACAACCGGCAAUGAUGAUUCUCCUAUUCAAGAAUCAGACCAAUUAAAUGACAACGAUGGUGCAAAUAAUAAAGAUGGUGGUGAUGUGCAGAAACGAGGAAUUUAUCGGAGGCAAAAACUUCAAAACGGACGAAUUGAUGUUCGUGCACUAGCAUUAAGAUUGCAUUCUGCCACAAAUGCAGACGAUGUGGAAACUAUUCUCAAGGAUAUGGGAAAUCUUCCUCUCCAGGUGUAUUCCACCAUUAUUCGAGGUUUCGGCAAAGACAAGAAGGUUGACUCAGCGAUGGCUCUCUUCGAGUGGCUCAAGAGAAAGAGCAACGAGGCCGAUAGUCCGAUUCAGCCCAAUCUUUAUAUAUACAACAGUCUUUUGGGAGCGCUGAAGCAAGCUGAAAGCUUUGAUUUUGUUGAUGAUGUCAUGAGUGACAUGGCUGCAAAAGGGUUGCUUCCUAAUGUCGUGACGUAUAAUACCUUGAUGGGUAUUUACAUCGAGCACCGAAAAGAAGCCAAAGUUUUCGAACUCUUUGAAGAGAUGCCGACCAAAGGUAUAUUUCCAUCUCCGGCAUCUUAUUCGAUUGUCUUGCUCGCUUAUCGUAGACUCGAGGAUGGAUUUGGAGCUCUGACAUUCUUUGUUGAGAUAAGGGAUAAAUUUCAAAAGGGUGAAAUUGGAAAAGAUAAUGACGGUGAAGAAGAAGAAGACUGGGUAGACGAGUUUGCGAAGCUAGAAAACUUCACUAUUCGUAUUUGCUACCAAGUGAUGCGUCGUUGGCUUGUUAAUAGCAAGAAUUUAAGCACGGAAGUAUUAAGACUUUUGAAAGAGAUGGAUAAGGCUGGAUUACAGCCAGGUCACGAAGAACACGAGCGCCUAAUAUGGGCAUGCACACGAGAAGAACAUUACAUUGUGGUUAAGGAAUUGUACGCUAGGAUAAGAGAAAUGACAAGCACUGAAAUAAGCUUAUCAGUUUGCAAUCACGUCAUUUGGCUAAUGGGAAAGGCAAAGAAAUGGUGGGCAGCUUUGGAAAUAUACGAGGAUUUAUUGGAUAAAGGGCCGAAACCAAAUAACAUGUCGUACGAAUUGAUCGUUUCACAUUUCAGUAUACUCUUGACCGCAGCUCGAAAAAAGGGUAUUUGGAAAUGGGGUGUAAGGCUGCUCAACAAAAUGGAAGAGAAAGGCCUUAAACCAGGAAGUAGAGAGUGGAAUGCCGUUCUUGUUGCUUGUUCAAAAGCUUCGGAAACUUCCGCAGCUAUCGAGAUAUUCAAGAGAAUGGUUGACCAAGGCGAAAAGCCCACAAUCAUUUCAUAUGGUGCAUUGCUUAGUGCUCUCGAGAAAGGGAAACUGUACGAUGAAGCCCUUCAAGUGUGGAAACACAUGUUGAAAAUGGGGCUGGAGCCUAAUUUAUACGCAUACACAAUCAUGGCCUCGAUUUACGCAGGUCAACAAAAAUUCGAUAUCGUGGACUCGAUUAUCCAAGAAAUGGUGACGGUCAAUAUCGAGCCGACAGUUGUUACAUUCAACGCAAUAAUCAGCAGCUGCGGUCGGAGUAAUCUUGGGAGUGUGGCGUACGAAUAUUUCCAGAGAAUGAGAGUUUUGAAUAUUGCGCCGAACGAGGUUACUUAUGAUGUGUUGAUUGAGGCUCUUGCUAGUGACGGUAAACCGAGGCUCGCUUAUGAGCUGCACUUGAGGGCUAAUAACGAGGGACUUGUGCUUUCGACUAAGGCUUAUGAUGCUGUUGUUGAAUCUUCAGAAAGUUACGGUGCCACGAUUGAUGUCAGUGCUUUAGGGCCUCGGCCACCUGAGAGAAAGAAGAAAGUGCAGACGAGGAAAAAGUUGUCGGAGUUCUGUGAUUUAGCUGAUGUUCCUAGGAGAAGUAAACCAUUCGACAGAAGUGAAAUCUACAAGUCACAGAGUGAAGAAGAUCCUAGGUAAAUCUGUGUCCUUUUUUCAUGAGAUAUGGUUUGACUAUAUGUAAUUACUUUGCUGCUUAGAUUAAGGCAAACAUGUCUUUUGAUUCAAGAUUGUCCACUAGAAAAUUGUUGGAUGUGUAAUUUGUAUUGAUUAUCAAGAAAGUGAAUUACCAGGCAUGGAUUUUGAAGCACAAAA